AUGGCUUUCGUAGUCCUUUCGAAUAUCGUACAUUUCGAGACUGUUAUUGUAGCCCCCGGUGACAAACUUGAACGGGCUAUCCAGCGGACAGCAGAACUCUACGGGAUCCUCGAUGAGGAGGAAAAAGCCUCCUUCGAGUUCCUGGUCGCGCAUAAGCUGGUGGAUGUCGUACACGGUCACGAGGCCGCGGUUACUGCAGCUGAUGAGGAAAUGGUCCACCACGUUGAGAGCCACCAUAAAGUCUGUUCCGAGCCUGAGGCUUUGGAAACAAGACUUGCCAAGAAAGAGGAAGGUAACUCCAAGUUUUCGUUUCUCCACCCAAAUGAUAAAUAUCAUGGCUACUAUAAGAACCUGUUGACAGAGCUAAGAGAGGGUACUGUGUCCGCACAAGAGGGGGAUCCUGUCCCCGAGGCACACGAACUGCGGUUUAUAGUUGACCCGGGAAAGGUUUCGGCGUUGGAUCUGGACAUGAUGAAGCUUGCGGCACAGUUUGUGGCCGUUAAUGGAGACUCGUUUAUAGAGCAGCUGGAGAAGCACGUUUCGUCCGACAAGAAACAGUCGCUGCAGUUUGAGUUUCUCAGGCCGUCGCACUCGCUGCAUAAGGUGUUUGAGCGGUAUUUGGGGUCGUACCGGCUGAUUCUUGAGGAAGAGGGCCAGAUUAAGCAAGAGCUGGACGGGUUUAGCACGACGCGGUUCCUGGACCGAUGUUACGUGCGGGCGGGCAAGAUGGCCGAGGCAAAAGAGGAGGAGUCGCGACAGAAACAGCGGCUGGAGAAAGAGCAGCUGGAGUUUGCGUCGAUCGACUGGCAGGACUUUGUGGUGGUGGAGACGAUCGAGUUUUCCGAGGUGGACGAGGUGGCCCAGCUGGGCGUCCCGCUUGAUCGGGGCGAGCUGGAGUACCGGUCGUUGGUCGACAAGGGAGAGGAGGCAGAAGAAGAAGAAGAAGAGGAGGAUGAGGAGGAAGAGAUACCGACAUACGACGAGCAGAAACCAUCCACUCCUGACACCCCCACAGUUACUGUUCGGCAGGGAAUGAAGAUCCGAUCUGCGGGCGAGUCUCGUUUGAAGCGCAAGCGCGAGGAAACAAAGUACUCUGUGGACGCCAAGAGCGGAGAAAGACAGGUGGUUUGUCCGCUCACAGGGCAGCUGAUCCCAGAAAGCAGGUUUGGCCAGCAUCUAAGCAUUCUGCUCAGAGACCCAAAUAACCAAUCUCUGGAUCUUUGGAGCCUUGGUGUACUUCUUCUCACCCUUAACAACCUCUCUUCUAACGACGAACUGUCUGACAUCAUCCUCCUUGGUCAAACCGUAGAACUUUCUGAUGUGGUUGGCUCUCUUAGGACCCAAUCUCUUUGGAACCUGAGCAUCGGUCAAACCCUCGAUCUCUUGCUCACCCUGCUUAACAACAACAAGGGACAAGACAGCAAGGUCGUUACCAACAAUACAGCCUCUGACAGACUUUCUCUUUCUCUCUCCGGUUCUUCUUGGUCUGUAACAGGAGACAUCCUUGGUCAAGAACAAUUUAACUCUGUUUGGGAUCAUCACACCUUGCUUCAUUGGGAAACCUUGCUUGUCGUUACCACCAGUGAUCUUGAAGACGUAGCCCUUGAACUCAUCGCUCACGGCAUCUCCCUCGACCUCUUGGCCCAUUCUUUUUUCGAAGAAAGCUCUCAAUUUGUGUUCAUCUUCGAUGUCAAUACUCUUCUGAGUACCGUUGGCUGGGUAAGCGAUGUUCAACUGCAUGGUUAG